GACUUAUUCUAAUAACAUUUUUAUAAACAUAGCAAAUGUCCUUGGAAAGAUAAAUGCUAUCCUAAUCAACAAAUCUGCGAGAUAUGAGGUACCUAGAGAUUUCAAAUCAUAAAAUUAGUUAUCAUUACAUAUGUGGAAAAGUUAUACAUAUACUGAUGAUCCACACGUUGCUUCCUUCAUGAUGGUGUCUGCAGUGAAAUCUUCUGAAAAGGGAUUGAUACUUAACACCCUGUCAGCAUCGAAUGGCAUGGAAACCAAGGAACGCCGAUGGAGAGUGCCAUCGUUGUUCUGGCUCCCUCUCAUCAUUUUCGCCGUUUUACUCUUCGUGAUGGACGUCUUCCAAUCCCAAUACGCCCUGAUCCCCACCCGAGUCCAAAUCUCCGAAGAUUUCACAACAGAACUCAAGGGCUUUUUGAUCAAAACCCCCGGUUGUCGAAUACCCUUCAUGGACCCUUUCGACCCCACUGUCACGAAAUUCAUCCAUAAAGAAAAGAAGCCCGUUUGUAACGACGGCAUUCCGCCCUUGAUCGACUCCAAUCUGACAUCAAUCUACUUAAUUAACUCUUCAGUGGCCAACUACACCGACCAGGAUAUCACUGCGAUCAAAUGUUGCUACCAGCCGUUCUAUAGACAAGAACCGGGGGGCACCGACGGUGACAACAAAAUCAAAUUUGAGAAAAAAUGCAUUCCGUUUAAUGUCAGUGCGAAAAUUAGCCAUGAAUUUAUCAAAGUUGUGUGCAAAGUUGACACGGUUUCCAUCUACACUGAUUUCUUCUCAUUUGUGCCAAUCAAAACCGUAAAAAGAAAUCAUUUGGAGAGGAGCGAGUUAAAUGUCCUGGUUGUUGGGAUAGAUGCAAUUUCGCGGUUGAAUUUUCACAGACAAAUGCCCACAACUGUGGAUUAUUUGUUGAGAAACAUGUCGGCAGUGGAACUCCUAGGCUACAACAAAGUUGGCGACAAUACUUUCCCUAAUUUAAUCCCGGUUUUGACCGGCUUGUCUGAAACCACCCUGGAGGAGGUGUGUUGGAACGACGAUAAUAACAAGCGAUUCGACUCUUGUCCUUUCAUUUGGAAGGAUUUUAAAGCAAAGGGAUUUGUCACAUCCUUCGGGGAAGACUCCUCCUGGAUGGGGAUUUUCAAUUAUCUGAGGAAAGGCUUCAGGAAACAGCCCACGGAUUACAUGUGGGGUGCUUUCAACCGAAUUUCCGAAAACCAGAUUGGGAACUCGCACAAUAUGAACGUGGAAGAGUGUGUGGGGGGUAGAGAAGUGUACAAAGUAUUCCUGGAUUACAUAACAAAUUUUGUUGUAACAAUGGAUAACGCAAAACUUCCAUAUUUCGCGUUCUAUUGGGGUGCAAGUCUCUCGCACGAUUACCUCAACAAACCGAGUUUGGGUGACACGAAUUAUUUGAAUUUUUUCAAAAAUCUCAAAGAGAAUGGUCGCUUGAACAACACGGCUUUGGUCGUGAUGAGUGACCACGGGAUUCGGUGGGGCGACAUCAGACAGACGUAUCAAGGGCAGAUGGAAGAACGACUCCCUUUUGUUUUCAUGGUACUGCCAGAAUGGUACAAAAGACAAUACCAAGAAGCCUAUAGCAAUCUAGUGAAGAAUACUAGACGCUUGACCACUCCGUACGACCUCCACGAGACUUUGAAGGACUUUCUGAAUCGUUUUAACUUAACCCACGAUUUUCUCCAAAACAGAAACCGGAAUAUUUCACGCGGUUAUAGUUUGUUCAAUGAGAUUAGUCCGAAAAGGACGUGUGAAAGUGCCGAAAUUGCGAGUCAUUGGUGCACGUGUCAGCAGAGCGCUGAAAUUGAAAAAAAUAACUCGCUGGUGGUCGAAGCUGCGACUUUUGCGGUCGAAUACAUGAAUCUGCAACUCGAAGGGUACGCCCAGUGUGCGAAUUUGACACUGGAGAGUAUCACCGAUGCGAGAUUAAUGACCCAUGGGGAGCACAUCACGAAUGGGGAUGAGGUGAAAGACUACAUGAUUAUUUUUGAAACCGUUCCGGGAAACGGUGUGUUCGAAGUUACUCUAAGGAACACCGCCAAGCAUUUUGAAGUCAUGGGCACAAUUAGUCGACUAAAUUUAUACGGGAAACAAAGUGCUUGUAUUACAGAUUUCCAUUUGAAGUUGUACUGUUACUGUAAAAAUUUGUUAGUUGACUGACCGCUUAUUUCUGUUCACACAAAGUUACCUAUUAUAUUUCAACAAUAACCUGUGAUUUUUUGUGUACUUGCCGCACUAGAUAAGGAAAAAACGUUAAAUGUUGUGCGUGUUUAGCUCUUGUUGAGUUUUAUAUGGCAUACGCAGUAUUUGUGUAUGCUUAAAUGUAGAUACUUGGAUCAGUGUCUAUAGUUCUUAAGAAAUGACAUGUGAUAUAGAAUUAUAAAUUGUUUUUAUCGCCAUUUGUGUACAGGUAAAUUUAUUAUUUUCACUAGAAUUGUUAUUACUUCUUGUAGUCAUUUUUAUAAAAAAUAUUUUCAAUAAAAAUUUGUUUGCA